GAGCCACCCAUGCACCCCUAAAAAUUAUUUUUAAAAAGGCUCCAAGACUGUGAAUCAACACAAGUGGUUUAGGGAACUACCUACUGCUGAGCCCACUAGGGCCCCAUAUCUACGUGGUAGGAGACCUGGCAGGUUUUACUACAGGGCUAAGUCAAAUGAAUUUGCCUAGUGGGUGAUGACGAGCGGGUCUCUCAGAACUUCCGGAGGGGUGAGUCCACAACUGAGCUGACGUACUUACCAAAAGGAGAUAGGGGUCAGUCAGCGACUGGGAUUGGGAGCUGUGGGUAGAGGUGGUUGGGAUUCCUGAAGAUCCAGGGAAUGGGUUUCCCUUAAGUACUCAGAGAUCUCAGUAUUUCGGAUUGCUCAGCUACCACAGGGUAGUUGCCUCUACGUAACUUUCCGUGAUUAAGGAAGAAAAAGCAGACAUCCCAACCAUUGGCGGGUGGGACUCGAGGGGUGGGCCUGGUAAACAGGAAGAGGUGUGGUCCCGGAAGUCUCUGGACCUCCGGUGUUUCUCGCUGGUCAAGCUUGGAAGAUCGGGGUCAUCACCCGUUGGCUCCUGUACCUUGUAGCCCCGCCCCUCACUUUCCUUCGCCACACCCCCCACCCCCAUCCAAACGAUCUGUCUGCUGGAAGCUUGGUGCUAUUGAGUUGGUUCUUGAUGUCCUUAAGGUCAACAAGGAAGGAGGCCUCACCCCUGCAGAAGCAGGAACUAGAGUCCACCCUGGAUAACAACUGUUAGCGAAAACAUGGAGGCCCAAGAUGAGAAAUCCCAGACAUCUAGACCUUCGGACUCCAAAUCCUUGACUAUUACUUCCUCAACUCCCCAGCUAUUAAAGUCUGAGUUGCCUACUGAGGAAUUGAUGGGGAAGGGACAGAAGCUUGACACUCUGUCACCAAACAUUUGGUCUGAUGAAGAUAAUGAUGAAAUUUUGGAGACCACAGACAGUGAUGAACUGAAGGAUAAAGCCCCCCCUGAUCGACCAUACUGGGCCAAUAAAAUUGAAUACCUUCUGGCCCAGGUGGGCUUCUCUGUGGGGCUGAGCACCAUCUGGCGCUUUCCUUACCUGUGUUUUCACAACGGAGGUGGCAGUUUUCUCAUCAUCUACAUCCUCAUGCUGUUCUUGAUCGGGGUUCCUCUUCUAUUCCUGGAGAUGGCAGCUGGUCAGAGAAUGCAUCAGGGAAGCGUUGGUGUAUGGAAGGUCAUCAGCCCCUGGAUUGGUGGUGUGGGGUAUACCAGCUUCAUGGUGUGCUGCAUUGUGGGCUUGUACUACAGUGUGCUCAUGGCCUGGAGUCUCUUCUAUUUAGUUCAGUCUUUCCAGUCUCCACUGCCUUGGUCAGUGUGCCCCUUACUGAGGAACUCCAGUACUUACGAUCCUGAAUGUGUGCGGACAACAUCCACUACGUACUUUUGGUACCGGAAUGCAUUGAAGGCCACAGACAAAAUCGAAAUGGGUGGGCUACCAGUUAAGCAUCUCAGUGUCUCUGUCUUUGUGACCUGGUUAAUUAUCUGCAUCUCCAUGAUCAGAGGACCCAAGUCCUCUGGAAAGAUGCUGUAUGUCUCAGUGAUCCUUUCCUACUUCAUCCUUUUCUGUCUCCUUAUCCGGAGUCUCACGCUGGAGGGUGCAAAAUUUGGUCUCGACAGUUUGUUGGCUGCCCAGGUGCCAGCUCUGUACUCUGUGGAAGUGUGGCGCCGGACAGGGAACCAGAUCUUUUUAUCCAUGGGCCACGGCUUUGGCGGCUUCAUCGCAAUCAGCUCAUACAUCCCUCGAUCCAACAACUGUGUCAUGGAUGCCUUUGCUGUGGCUCUUCUCAACUUGGUUGCCUCACUGACCGCCAUGGUGUUUGUAUUUGCCACAAUGGGCCACUUGGCCACAAAGAACAACAACAAAUGUUACGUAAAGAAUGCCAAGACAGUGAUGAAUCUGAUAGUUACCGGGGUGCUGCCUCCUGAGGUCCAGCCCCCAGACAGUCUGUAUUAUGAGCCAAGCUCCAUCUACCCCAAAUGGUUCAAGAGCCUUCCUGAACAAAUGAAAAGCAUGAUCCUUCCCCAUUUGUCCAAUUGCAACUUAUCUGAACAAUUGAAGGAGGUUAUGGAGGGUCCUGGUGUGGCCUUUGUGGCAAUUACUGAUACCAUCUCUGUGUUUUCUGGAUCCACUCUCUGGGCCAUCGUCAUCUUCAUGUUGCUGGCAAACCUGGGGCUGAGCACCAUGAUAGGGAUCAUGCAGGGCAUUAUUACCCCUCUCCAGGACACCUUCGCUUCCCUCAGGAAACAGACAAAACUGCUUACAGUGGGCAUCUGUGUGCUUAUGUUCCUGGGCAGCCUCAUUUUUGUGAGACCUUCUGGCAGCUACUAUGUGAACCUGCUGGAUGAUUACUGGGCAUCUCUGCCCCUCCUCCUCAUUGUCAUCUUGGAGAAUGUGGCCAUGGCCUGGAUCUAUGGAGCCAGGAGGUUCCUUGCAGACCUGAUUAUCAUGUUGGGCCGCCCCAUCUCCCCCAUCUUUCGUUGGCUGUGGUGCUUUCUGUCUCCAUUUGUGCUGCUAGUCCUGUUUGUAAACACCCUGAUUCAUCUGUGUCGGAAGAACAUCACCUACUUGGCCUGGGACUCAAGCAUUUCAAAUGAGGUGAUCCGAACUUACCCAUCAUGGGCUAAAGUCUUGCUCAUCAUCUCCAUCGUCAUUACCCUCUUGCCUAUCCCUGCCUACUUCCUGUACACACUCAUUGAUGUGGCUUUUCCAGUCUCCAUGAUUCACAGUAAGGUCACAGUUAUCUUCAAACCUGAAGCUAAAGGGAACUCGUGAAGCCCCAUCCACGGCUUCAGGUGAUGCAAAGUCAAAAGGUUGAUAAAAUGGAUAAAUAACCAGGGAAAAACCUCUCUGCCAUGUGAGUAAUUCAUCUUGGAAAUAAAGACUUGGUUUAUUUGGCAAAACAUCACUUUUUUUUUUUUCAAAGUGGAACUCCCCGGCUGGCAACUUGACAUUAGAAAAGGUAAAAGUAGCAAUUGCUAAUGUAACUGGACUCAAAGAUGUUUUGUUUUCCUGGACUGGGAAAGUUUUUCUGGCCAGAUGGAGGUUAACACAGCAGUCAUUCUCUGCAUCUCCUACACUUGCCCUCACCAGACACAUAAUAAUAGUGUUCUUUGACCUCCAGUAUUUGGUUGAUGGUGACGGCUGACCCCUACUUCUCCUAGGCUGCCUUCCUCUUGGAAUUGGUGGUACGUGUCAGGUCUGAUCCCUACGAAACUAAGGUAAAAAUGGUGCUAGUACCCGUGAAACUUUGCUUUCGUCAUGAAAAAAAAAAAAAAAUGCCCAACUCCCACUCUUGCCUUCCAUUGACUUUGUUCAAUUCAAAUGCUAGAAUCCCAGGCCCUCUCUGCCUGGCCCUUCCUGUAAGGAAACAGAUAAGAGACCAUAGUCUCAGAAAGCAGUGGAGUUACCGAUUAUGGCAAAGUGGUUAACUAUCUGCUAAUUGGUGACUUCCUCCUGUCUCUCUUAAGCAGGAAUAGCUGAUCAAUUUACCAAGCCUACCAAGGAGCUUAAACCUUUAUCCAACAUUAUAUAUUUUUCCUAAGGUGGUCUAGGAGCCUGAAGGAAGGAUAUUUGCCAGAGAAUGAGGGAGACAGUAGAGGUUAACUUCAGAGUUUGAAGACUCAAGGAGGACUUCAUUGAAGGCAAUAUGACAACAAAAUAAGACAAACAAGACACACCAUAGAUUAAGACGCCUAAAGUAUAACAUCAAGUAUAUUUCAACAAUCCUCUUUAUUUCUUUAAAAUUUUUUAAGUUUAUUUGUUUGGGUGAGAGAGAGUGAGAGUGAGAGUGAGUAUGCAGGGGA